AUGCCUGCCUUUACCGUCCUCAGCGGUAGCACCAAGCAAAAGCGCGCCCGCGUGCUGGUCGUUGCCUUCGUCAUCAUUGUGUUUAUGCUAUUCCUUCACAACUCACGCUUGGCUGGUGGAGGAUACCUGCCAUCAAAGAGUGCAGGGCAAGCUGCGGGCGGCGCUGCCCAUCAGCACGGAAGCCAGGACAACAGCAAUGGCCUGCCAGCUGCGCACGGAGAGCCCGAUGCCGCGGCCGACAAACUCAAGUCCGAUGCCGAUGGUGAGGACUCCUACCGCGACAAGGACGGCGAACUAGUCAACAAGCCCUCGGGCGUGGCCGACAAACCCGCAUCCGAGUCCACCGCACCAGCGGCGGCACUACCAACGCCGUCAACCGGCACUACACCCGCUGUUGACACGCCGCCGUCGCUGCCCCCGCCGCCCUCCUCCGAGCCGUGUCCCUCCUUUGAGAGCUGGAUGAGGACUCGGCCCGGUCCCUUUUCUGAAGGCAAGCGCAAGUUCCCGCUCAACCGGCCCCGGCCAGAGUGCCGCACCUUCAACUUACCUGCCAUGGAAUCUCUUCUCACCCGCAUGAAGUCCGUGAUUAAGGAUCCGGAUCUGUACCGUCUGUUUGAGAACGCGUACCCGAUGACACUCGACAGUAUGGUCAAGUGGCGAGGCUACGCCAACGAGACGAACGAGGAGACUGGUGAGACCAAAGUCACUGACAUGGAGCUCACGUACGUCAUCACCGGUGACAUUGACGCGUUGUGGCUGCGUGAUUCUGCCUCUCAGGUUUACUCUUACCUCCCUCUUCUCGAGGCCUCAAAAGAUAAAGACUCACUCGCGAGUCUCUGGCGCGGAUUGAUUAACGCCCAUUCCCGGUACAUUGUCAUUUCGCCGUACUGCCACGCCUUCCAGCCCCCGCCUGAAAGUGGUAUCCCGCCUACGCAUAACGGCGCGUAUACCCAUAACCACCCCAUGCCGGCGUAUGACCCGAAAAAGGUGUUCGACUGCAAGUGGGAGCUCGAUUCUCUUGCCAGCUUCCUGCAGUUGUCCGUGGCGUACGCGGAGAAGACGGGCGACUGGGAGUUCUUUGGGAAGUACGGCUGGGUUGACGCUGUCGAAGCAGCUGUCGACGCCGCCGGCGCGAUGCGGCUGGGAACCUACUCGAAGGAGGGCAAGGUGGAGAAGUCUGCAUGGACCUUUACAGGCUGGACGAACCGCGGCAGCGAGACUCUCACCAACGACGGCCUAGGAAACCCGAUCAAGGAGAACGGCAUGGUACGCACCGCUUUCCGACCAUCCGACGACGCCUGUAUUUUCCAGUUCUUGGUGCCCGCAAACAUGAUGUGGGCAAAGUAUCUCGAAUCUGCCUCGGAGAUCAUGGAGAAGCUCAAGGACGAGCGGGCUCAGAAUUUGACGGCGGCGAUGCGUGAGCAGGCGUUUGGAAUCAGGCAGGGUAUCGAGAAGGACGCCAUCGUACAUCGUCCUGGAUUCGGCGACAUUUUCGCUUACGAGGUCGAUGGCUAUGGCGGAGCGAAUCUGAUGGACGACGCGAACGUCCCUUCGUUGCUUGCAAUGCCUCUGUGGAACUUUGUCCAGUCAAAGUUCAAGCUUCCCACCCCGCCCCCGGGUGAGAAGAAGAAGGACUAUGCCAAGGUAUAUCACAACACACGUAAAUAUGUCCUUAGCGACGCCAACUCAUACUUCAUGCGUGGACCUGUGAUAUCGGCAGUAGGCGGACCGCACGUAGGGCCAGGUAAAGCAUGGCCGAUGGCGGCCGUUAUUGCGGCUAUCACUGCGUAUGAUCCAAUCUCGGGAGUAAAGGACGUAGAGAAGGAAGUAGAAGAGCAGUUGGCCAUGGUGUUGGACUCAACAGCAGGUACAGGAGUUUUGCACGAGAGUGUGAAUAGCUGGAGUGAGUCGGAUUGGACGAGGGCGUGGUUCGGCUGGGCGAAUGGGUUAUUUGGGGAGUUGGUAUUGAAGAUGGAGGAGGAAGAUAAGAAGAGCGGAAAGGGAUUGUUGCAAAAGGAUUGGCAGGCUGAGCGUGUUCCACCUCCGCCUACUUCGCCAAAGGUAGUUGACUGGUGA